CCACAGUCUUCACGGCGUCCACAGCAUCAGCUAAGGCACAGAACUACAACACCUUACCAAUAAUCACAGAUGGAGCACAGAUCGUGAGGACAGAUCCAAACUUGUCCUUCAAUUACCGCUACGAAGUGAACGCGGCCGAGACAGGCGACCAGAAGACACACGAGGAAACUCUGGAUAAUGGAGUUGUUGUGGGCUCCUACUCCGUCCUCCAGCCCGAUAAUACCUUAAGAAUCGUCAAAUACCGCGCUGAUGACGAGUCGGGUUUCAAGGCAGAAGUCCAAUACCAAGACUUACAGAGUGGUUCAUCCUCAUUUUCUGGAUCAAGCCUGGGAUUCUCUACUUCCAAUUUCGGCUCCUCCUCAGUAUCUAACCUUGGAUCAUCUGGUGCAAGAUUUGAUUCUUCCUCUAGAACUAACAUCGGAUCUACCGGUUCUAACUUGGGAUCUUCUUCUAGAUCUAACUUCGGAUCUUCCGGUUCUAACUUGGGAUCUUCUUCUAGAUCUAACUUCGGAUCUUCCGGUUCUAACUUGGGAUCUUCCUCUAGAUCUAACUUCGGAUCUUCCGGUUCUAACUUGGGAUCUUUCUCUAGAUCUAACUUGGGAUCAUCCAGUUCUAGAUUGGGAUCUUCUUCUGGAUCAAACUUCGGUUCUUCCUCUGGAUCUAACUUCGGAUCUUCCGGUUCUAACUUGGGAUCUUCCUCUAGAUCUAACUUCGGAUCUUCCGGUUCUAACUUGGGAUCUUCCUCUACAUCUAACUUCGGAUCUUCCAGUUCUAACUUGGGAUCUUCCUCUAGAUCUAACUUCGGUUCUUCCUCUGGAUCUAACUUCGGAUCUUCCGGUUCUAACUUGGGAUCUUCCUCUAGAUCUAACUUCGGUUCUUCCUCUAGAUCUAACUUCGGAUCUUCCGGUUCUAACUUGGGAUCUUCCUCUAGAUCUAACUUCGGUUCUUCCUCUGGAUCUGGAUAACUUAGGUUCUUCCUCUGGAUCUAACUUCGGUUCUUCCUCUGGAUCUAACUUGGGAUCUUCCGGUUCUAACUUGGGAUCUUCCUCUAGAUCUAACUUCGGUUCUUCCUCUGGAUCUAACUUUGGAUCUUCCAGUUCUAACUUGGGAUCUUCCUCUGGAUCUAACUUCGGUUCUUCCUCUGGAUCAAACUUUGGAGCUUCCAGUUCUAACUUGGGAUCUUUCUCUGGUUCUAACUUCGGUUCUUCCAGUUCUAACUUGGGAUCUUCCUCUAGAUCUAACUUCGGUUCUUCCUCUGGAUCAAACUUUGGAGCUUCCAGUUCUAACGGUUCUUCCUCUGGAUCUAACUUCGGUUCUUCCUCUGGAUCAAACUUCGGUUCUUCCAGUUCUAACUUGGGAUCUUCCUCUAGAUCCAACUUAGGUUCUUCCUCUAGAUCUAACUUCGGUUCUUCCUCUGGAUCUAACUUGGGAUCUUCCUCUGGAUCUAACUUCGGUUCUUCCUCUAGAUCUAACUUCGGUUCUUCCUCUGGAUCUAACUUGGGUUCUUCCUCUGGAUCUAACUUGGGUUCUUCCUCUGGAUCUAACUUCGGUUCUUCCAGUUCUAACUUGGGAUCUUCCUCUGGAUCUAACUUAGGUUCUUCCUCUAGAUCUAACUUGGGAUCUUCCUCUGGAUCUAACUUCGGUUCUUCCUCUGGAUCUAACUUGGGAUCUUCCUCUGGAUCUAACUUCGGUUCUUCCUCUAGAUCUAACUUGGGAUCUUCCUCUGGAUCUAACUUCGGUUCUUCCUCUGGAUCUAACUUAGGUUCUUCCUCUAGAUCUAACUUGGGAUCUUCCUCUGGAUCUAACUUCGGUUCUUCCUCUGGAUCUAACUUGGGAUCUUCCUCUGGAUCUAACUUAGGUUCUUCCUCUAGAUCUAACUUGGGAUCUUCCUCUGGAUCUAACUUCGGUUCUUCCUCUGGAUCUAACUUGGGAUCUUCCUCUGGAUCUAACUUAGGUUCUUCCUCUAGAUCUAACUUCGGAUCUUCCUCUGGAUCUAACUUGGGAUCUUCCUCUGGAUCUAACUUCGGUUCUUCCUCUAGAUCUAACUUAGGAUCUUCCUCUAGAUCUAACUUGGGAUCUUCCUCUGGAUCUAACUUCGGUUCUUCCUCUGGAUCUAACUUUGGGUCUUCCAGUUCUAACUUGGGACCUUCCUCUGGCUUUAACUUGGGAUCUUCCUCUGGAUCUAACUUGGGAUCUUCCUCUGGAUCUAACUUAGGUUCUUCCUCUGGAUCUAACUUCGGUUCUUCCUCUGGAUCUAACUUUGGGUCUUCCAGUUCUAACUUGGGAUCUUCCUCUGGAUCUAACUUCGGAUCUUCCAAUUCUAACUUGGGACCGUCCUCUGGAUCUAACUUCAGAUCUUCCACUGGAACUAACUUAGGAUCUCCCAGUUCUAAUUUCGGUUCUUCCUCUGGAUCUAACUUCGGAUCUUCCACUGAAUUUAACUUGGGAUCUUCCACUUCUAACUUGGGACCGUCCUCUGGAUCUAACUUCAGAUCUUCCACUGGAACUAACUUAGGAUCUCCCAGUUCUAAUUUCGGAUCUUCCUCUGGAUCUAACUUCGGAACUUCCAGUUCUAAUUUGGGAUCUUCCUCUGGAUCUAACUUCGGAUCUUCCACUGAAUUUAACUUGGGAUCUCCCAGUUCUAACUUCGGUUCUUCCUCUGGAUCUAAUUUCGGUUCUACCAGUUCUAACUUGGGAUCUUCCUCUGGAUCUAAUUUCGGUUCUACCAAUUCUAACUUUAGAUCCUCUUCUGGAUCUAACUUAGGAUCAUCUCGGGUCAGCUCCUCCUCUGGAUCAUCUACAACUUCGUCAACAAGCUCAACUUCAGCUCCAGGUGGAGUGGCUGUUGUACUAGCUAAAGAUGGCGCCUUUACUCAGCGCUCCAGCGUUCCUUCCUAGACUACCAGAUUCUGAGAACCAAAAUGUUACAGUGUAGUGAUUGUUGCUCCGGUUACCGACAGCCUUAUCGAGUGAUUUUUAGUUUAACAAUAUUGACGCUUCUGCAGGACCUGGAAUUAGGCUUCAUACUUUUUGUUUAUUUUGGACUCAUAGAAUGUUUACUCAACCUCUUCAAGUGUUUCACAAACUGAACCACAAUACAGAGUGUAUUAUGAACUUUAAAAUAUUUCCAAUGGAUUUCGACAAUUUAAAUCUCAGUACAAUCAGGUGAAGUAGAUUCAUCGUGUCUCCUUCCUAACACCACCUACACCUGUAUCUUAUAUGAACUCCGAAUGUUUGACUUUAUUCUAAAUAUUUCUUUACUAUAAUAGCACAUAUCAUGUUGUUCUUUGUUAAAUGAAACAGGACAAAUAAUUUUAUGUAACAGUGUAUAUGUGAUAAGUGGAACAAUGACAGUGUUAUGUAACUAUUAUAAAAUAAAUGAUGAUCAACAGUUUA